AUGGGCGACACGGACUCUGCGGCAGCGGUCUCGGCCAAUGAAGAUGCGCCUGUAGCGUGCGUUACGGCGUCAGGAGCGCCGCUGGCAGCGCCUCGCCUGCCGCCCUUCCCGGCCGUGCGAGCACGAAUCACCCACGUGGUAUUCGACCUAGACGGCACGCUUAUCGACUCUGAGAGAGUGGUGACGGAGGUGUCAAGGGAGAUGGUGGAGGGGCAUGGCAAGGCGUGGACAGGGGAGGGCGCGGAGCAGUGCGUGGGGAGAUUGCCUAUAGAGGGGGCGAGGGCGCUGGUGCAGCUGUAUGGGCUGCCGUGCUCCCCUGAGGGGUUCCUGCAGACGCUACUAGAGAGGCUUCAGGGCAGGUGGCACCAGGCCAAGCCCUUGCCAGGGGCCCAGCGCCUGCUCUCGCACCUCACGGCAGCGCACGUGCCUCUAGCCCUCGCCUCCAGCUCACCGCGCGGCAUCAUUUCCACCAAGCUCGCCCUUCAGCCAGGAUGGCAGGAGAUGUUUGCAGUGACAGUAGCAGGGGAGGAGGUGGCACGGGGCAAGCCAGCUCCUGACAUAUUUCUGAGAGCUGCAGAGCUGAUGGGAGCUAAGCCAUCGGAGUGCCUGGUUUUUGAGGACGCCCCAGCAGGUGUGCAGGCAGCCAGGGCAGCGGGCAUGCAUGUCGUGGCUGUCCCCUCUCUGCCACAGAAGGCCGCACGGGCACUCUACUCCUCCGCACACCAAAUCCUUGCUUCACUACUAGACUUCCAACCAACGGACUGGGGCCUACCACCCUUCAGUGACUGGGUGCAUGCAUCACUGCCCAUCGAUCCCUGGUACAUGAAAGGGCCUGUAAUCAAGGGCUAUGGCAGGGGAUCCAAGAUACUUGGCAUUCCCACAGCCAACCUGCCAUCCUCAUCAUUCGCAGGGCACCUGGCAGAUCACACGUGUGGCAUCUACCAUGGGUGGGCCGCUUUGCCGGGGAGGGGCGUGUUCAAGAUGGUCAUGAGCGUGGGCUGGAAUCCCUUCUUUAACAACACACAUAAGACGGUGGAGCCCUGGCUGUUGCAUGACUUUGGAGAGGACUUUUAUGGGGAAGAGCUAAGGCUGCUCGUUGUGGGGUACAUUCGUGCAGAGGCUGACUUCCCAGACCUGCCUUCAUUGAUUGCGCGGAUUCACCAGGAUGGGGAUAUCGCACGCAAAGCACUGGACCACCCGCCCUUCGCUGUGUACAGGACUGACCUUUUCCUCAACAUCCCUUAA